AUGAACGAGCAAACGGUGGUUCCGUUCUUCCUCCUUGUGUUGCUCUUCGCCGGAAUGUCUUUUGCCCAGACUGCCACCACCGGCCGCUGGCAACUCCUGCAGGAAACGAUCGGCAUUUCAGCCAUGCACAUGCAGCUACUCCACAAUGAUCGUGUCGUUAUAUUCGACGGCGUCGAAUUCGGCCCGUCCAAUUUGUCAUUCCCCACAGCAAGAUGCACAAGAUCCGACGAUAUACGUGGAAACAGAUUCGACUGUACUGCUCAUUCUGUUGAGUACGACGUAGCCACCAAUACAUUCCGGCCACUCUCCGUUCAAACUGAUAUGUGGUGCUCGUCUGGUGGAGCCAUGCGCGAUGGCGCUCUCGUUCAAACCGGCGGUUUCAAGGCCGGAGACCGGACUGUCAGGAUCUUUAAACCAUGCCCAAGAUGUGAUUGGGAAGAGAUUCCAAUGGGGUUACUCACUCGUCGGUGGUAUGCCACCAACCACAUUCUCCCCGACGGCAGCCAAAUCAUCAUUGGCGGCCGGAAACAGUUCAACUAUGAAUUCUUUCCUAAACCUGCAGCGUUUUAUUGGCAACUGGCGAAGACUAAAUCUGAUCCAAAGGCAUAUAGUUUGCCGUUCUUGGCGCAAACCAACGAUGGCCAUACAGAAAACAAUCUGUACCCAUUUGUGUUUCUUCAUAUCGAUGGAAGCUUGUUCAUCUUUGCAAAUAAUCGAGCGAUCUUAUUCGACUAUUCCAAGAACAAGGUUCUCAAAACCUUCCCAGAAAUUCCAGGCGGCGAUCCAAGGAAUUACCCGAGUACUGGAUCGGCGGUGAUUCUUCCAUUGAAUUUGCAGGCGAAAUUGAUUGAAGUUGAAGUAAUGGUAUGCGGUGGAGCUCCGAAAGGAGCUCACAGAAAAGCCCGCAGAAGAGUUUUUGUUGAAGCAUUAAACACAUGUGCAAGAAUCAAAAUUACCAAUCCAAAUCCUAAGUGGGUUCUUGAGAUUAUGCCACUUUCUCGAGUUAUGGGCGACAUGUUGUUACUUCCAAACGGCAACGUUUUGUUGAUCAACGGCGGGUCGUUUGGGACCGCCGGCUGGGAACUUGGCCGGAAUCCGGUUCUUAACCCGGUUCUUUACCUACCCAAUAACCCACCCGGUUCAAGAUUCGAAUUGAAUGACCCAAGUACUACCCCUCGUAUGUAUCAUUCGACGGCGAUCUUACUUCGUGAUGGCCGGAUUCUCGUCGGCGGGAGCAAUCCGCAUCCGAGUUACAAUUUCUCUAGCGUUCUGUUUCCGACGGAACUUAGCUUAGAAGCAUUUCAUCCUUCAUAUCUUGACCCUGAAUUGGCAGCUUUGCGUCCCACAAUAAUAACACCCAUAUCCCAAAUCAUGCUUUUUCAUGGACAGAGAUUCAAGGUGGGGUUUACAGUGAUCAAUGAAUUGGAUCCAACGAAAGUCUCGGUCACCAUGUUGGCUCCACCGUUCAAUACGCACUCGUUCUCGAUGAACCAAAGGCUGUUGGUGCUAAGCGGUGGCAAUGUGACGAUGAGCGUAUGGCCGGAUCUGAUGUAUGAAGUCGAUGUUAACGUUCCUGUUUAUGGUAAUAUUGCACCGUCUGGGUUUUAUAUAUUAUUUGUUGUUCAUCAAUCCGUUCCUAGUGAGGGAAUUUGGGUCCAAAUAAUUUGAUAAUUGACGUUCUUGUUUCAUUUUUUUUUUUAAUUUCAUAUUUUGAAUCUUUUUGUUA